CUGCACACGGCACCUCAAAAAAUGAUGAGUAUAAAUACGUACAGAGCUGACUUGAGAGUUAGCAAUUUACCUAGCUAUUUUGUUCAGGAUGAAAACUGCUGUCAUCGUUCUUGCCUGCGUGGCCUCUGCACUUGCUGCAUGCCCGAACAUCGUGUCUCGCGCUUCGUGGGGCGCGCGCCCUCCCAACAGCAUCACGUACUUGAGCAACCCCGUGCCCUACGUGGUGAUCCACCACUCUGAAUCUGGAGAGUGCUCCACCCAGUCCUCUUGCUCCUCGAUGGUGCAGGGCUUCCAGGACUACCACAUGGACACCAACGGCUGGUCGGACAUCGGCUACAACUUCCUGGUCGGAGGUGACGGCAACAUCUACGAGGGCCGCGGCUGGGACAAGGUCGGCGCCCACGCUCCCGGCUACAACAGCCAGUCCAUCGGCAUCUGCUUCAUCGGCAGCUAUAUUUCCUCGGCUCCCAGCAGCACUCUGGUUGACCCUGUCCGGCAGUUGAUCCAGUGCGGAAUGGACGACCGUUGGAUCCAGCUUGCUCACAUGACCAUCGGCCACCGUCAGGCUGUCAGCACCGACUGCCCAGGAGAUGCUCUCUAUUCGCUCAUCCAGUCCUGGCCCGACUGGGAACCCAACCCUUAAACACCUCUCAAACCAAUGUGCAAAAUUAAAUGUGAUAUUUUAUAACUGGUGUAGAUUGAUGAAUCAAUUUAAUAAAAAGAAAUCAUCCUCAAAUCG